UUUGCUGCCUACCUAACACCUAGACAGCAUUUUUGUGAGAUUCACUGUUCAAUAAUGCUCUCUUUGAAAUCACUACGCGCAGCCAAAGGGCGUUUUUUGCUAUGCAUAAACGAGGACGCGUCUCUCAUAAAUUAAAACCAAAUUUUUACGCUUUUUUUAAACAUCCGAGUUAUGUUCAUCUCGUUACGUGCGUGCUUACCACAAACUGUUGACUAGGUAGGAAGUUAAUCCUACUACCUUUUGAGACACAACCUAUGUGCGCGCUUUCGCAUUUAGGAGAAAUAAACCCGAGGUAAAAAAGGACUUUCCUGAUUUGCAGAGCUGUCUGGUGCCAGGAAAACGACUUAACCUCUAGAAAAUCAUCUGGAUAUUUUUUGGGAACUCAGAAAGAAGCUGCCGCAGUUCGUCUAAAAAUAUGUUUCGCGUUUCGUAAAUUCGCAUUAGCGUACUCUCCGUACAGGUGUAAAGAUGUAUGUAGGAGAGGCAUGGAGCUGUUGCCCCUGUUACUUGACUGAAGAGGAGAGAAAAAUUAUCGCUGUUCAAAAUGAAAUUAAACGCAUGCUGGCGGAGCAGAAGAAAAGAGAAUUCAGCGAGAUCAAAGUGCUGUUGUUAGGCACUGGAGAAAGUGGAAAGACAACUUUUAUUAAACAAAUGAGGAUAAUUCAUGGAAAUGGUUUUUCGGAGGAAGAAAGACGUUCUUUUGCUAAACUGGUUUACAGGAAUAUCUUCACAGUUUCAAAGGCAUUGACAGGGGCUAUGACUACCUUGAAGAUUCCUUAUGCCAACCCACAAAAUGAGGUUUACGGCCAACAAUUUCAGGAAGUGGAAAUAAAUCAGAUGACACAUUUAAACAAAAUGUAUGCUGUAGCUAUUCGUCGACUCUGGGCUGACGCAGGUAUCAAAUUGUGUUACAGUCGUCGUAGAGAGUACCAGCUACUGGACUCUACAGAAUACUACAUGACAAAUUUAGACCGUAUUGCAUCUGAAGACUACAUCCCUACGGCUCAAGAUGUGCUCAGAGUCCGGUUUCCCACCACAGGCAUCUCUGACUAUUCCUUUAGUACAGACAAGCUUAACCUCAGGAUUGUUGAUGUGGGUGGCCAGAAGUCAGAAAGGAGAAAAUGGAUCCACUGCUUUGAGAACGUGACAUCUCUCAUAUUUUUAGCCUCUCUCAGCGAGUAUGACCAAGUGUUGGAGGAGAACGACAAAGAAAACCGCAUGAAGGAGAGCUUGUCGCUGUUUUACACCAUCAUCCACUCGCCGUGGUUCACCAAUGCAUCUAUUAUCCUUUUUCUAAACAAAACGGACAUCCUGGAGGAAAAGAUCCAGAUGUCAGACUUACAAACAUACUUCCCAGAUUUCAAAGGGAAACGUCAGGACUCAAAGGAAGCCAUGGAGUUCAUCUUAAAGAUUUAUAAACAGAAGGCCACCAAUGUUGAGAACAAAGACUGUAAAGACAUCUACUCCCACUUCACCUGUGCCACGGACACAGAUAACAUCCAGAAUGUUUUUAAUGAUGUAAAAAAGACAGUAUUUGUUAACGUGCUGAAGACAUAUGCAGUUCUCUAAACUGGCCCAAAAUUCACCAAUGAAGCACUAAACCUUUCACCGAUCUUGCUUUUGCUUCUGGUUUUGUAGUAAGUCUAAUUCAUAGACCUACAUAUAUUUUGCAAAGGAUACUGGUUAUUGUUAAUCCUUGUCUAGGGUGUUUGCAACCCUUGCUUACUUUAUUGUAGUGUGGCAGUAAGUCAAAAGUAUACUAUUUAGGACAGAUGGUAUGCGAAUUGGGACGCUGCACUAGUUCAGAGAUGGAUGAAGCUCUAGCAGUAAUUAAGUUAUUAUUUCCAUUGCCUUUAUUAACGUAUUAAUGUUGUUGUUUAAAACAGUACUGGAUUUUUUUCAUAUUUUAAUAUGUGGCCAAUAAACCAACUUUCAUUACAGUCAAAGGGGAAAAAAAUUGUAUAAUUUUUAAUAGGAACAUUAUAAAUGCCAUAAUAAACUAGAGGCUAUAUUUACGAUUUUAUUAAACAGUUAAUUCAUAUGUUAAACAUAUUUUCAAUAUGAGUAUGGUGAUAUAUUUUUCAGAAGAUAUAUAGCUUAAAUACAAUGGGAACCUUACACACAUAGC